ACUCUUUCCUUCUUGUACAAAAUUUCCUCUUCCUUCCCGUUCGUGGUUGUAUGUCGGCUCUAUAAUAACACAACUAACCACUACAUCUUUACACUCAGAUAAAAACACUAAUUGGUGGCCGGUUAUACGCGUAAAAGAGGAUUUCCAAACGCACGCCUUUCGAAUUUUUUCGUAAUUUCAUCGAGCUCUUCCUGCAUUAUUCGCGGACCCACAAAUAACGACAAGCAUAAGGCACGGGCAGUGAAAUUACUGACCACCGAUCGCUCUCAUAAACACUUUUGUUUCUUUAACGAAGAUGAAGUAAAUGAAGGGGAUGCUGGACUUUCUCGGUGCGCGUAAGGCAGGUGUCUCUGAAGGCGUCAUGGGUCGAAUUGGAGCGGGAGGAUCCAUUUCCAUCAGAUGACUGGAAGCGCUGUCCGUGGUGAGUGAGGAUCAGCCCAUAUUCGAGCCAACCUACACCGCAGCCCCGGCCAUGCACAUGAAGACUGAGAUGACGUCGCCCGGCGGGUUCAGCCAGACCUCCAAGCAGAGCCCCGAGCCCACUGAGCCGGAGUGGGUGGGGCCAGGAGCACCAAAUGCUGGGAAGAGAGGAGAACACGUCAAUGGCACCAGUCGUGAGUCCCCAGUGGACUGCAGCGUCACCAAGCGUUCCAGACACAUGAGCAACGAAGGGGCCUCCAUGCAGUACCAGGCCUCCUCGUACACAGAGCCCCGCGUCAGCCCCCAGGCCACCACCCCACCCAGCAGUGCCACUGAGGAGAAGAGGGUCAUCGUGCCAGCAGAUCCCGAGGUGUGGACGCAGGACCACGUGCGGCAGUGGCUGGACUGGGCCAUCAAGGAGUACGUCCUGGAGCAGGUGGAUGUCAUGCUUUUCCAAGCGCUCGAUGGGAAAGCCCUGUGCAAGAUGACCAAAGAGGACAUGAUGCGGCUCACGUCGGCCUACAAUGCAGACAUCCUGCUCUCGCACCUCAAUUACCUCCGGCAGAGUAGUCCAACGUUCUCCUACCCAACAACUCCCACCAACAACACACCACCACAACAACAGCCGCCCAGACAGGUGAAAACAGAGAACAGUUUUGAUGAAAUCAGCCGCAGGAACAGCUGGCCGACAAACACCAUGACUGCAGUGCCUAAAGGUUCUUCAAUGGAGCACCAGCACAGUACACGAGUUACAGAGCCUGCUCCAAGGAUUGGGCAAGACCCAUAUCAGACAUUAGGACCCAUUAGCAGUCGGCUAGCCAACCCAGAAGGCCAAGCCCUCAACUCAUCCAAGAACCGAACAGGCAAACAAAGUGCAUACAAGCUCCCUGACCCCAGCACUCACAGGCCUGUGGGCUCAGGGCAGAUCCAGCUGUGGCAGUUCCUUCUGGAGCUUCUGUCUGACAGCAACAAUGCCAGCAUCAUUACCUGGGAGGGUACCAACGGCGAGUUCAAGAUGACCGACCCGGACGAAGUGGCCAAACGCUGGGGUGAGCGCAAGAGCAAGCCAAACAUGAACUACGACAAGCUGAGCCGUGCCCUGCGCUACUACUACGACAAGAACAUCAUGACUAAGGUGCACGGCAAGCGCUACGCCUACAAAUUUGACUUCCAAGGCAUCUCGCAGGCACACCAGAACCACUCAGGAGAUGGUGGGAUUGUUAAGUACCAGAAUGAGAUGUCUUAUGUCCAGAGCUACCACAGCCACCAGCCCAAAAUGAACUUCAUGGGUGGCCAUCCUGCACCUAUGCCCGUCUCCCCAGGAAACUUUUUCGGCCCACCGUCAACAUACUGGAACUCACCCAACAGCCCCAUCUAUCCUGGUUCAGCCAUGACCAGACAUCCUGCCACUCACUCCCACCUGAGCUCGUACUACUGAGCAUGAUCCCAACUGAACAGGGAAAAAAAACAAAACAAAAAAAAAACAAAACAGGAGACGAACCCAAGUGCACCAAAGCACGCUCCGUCCAACCUGCCACCGAGCUGAACUCUGUUGAAAGAAGGCGAAAUGACGCUAUCAUUGAAAUUGUAAAGGCAUUAUUAAAUUGUCUUUGUUACAUUCAGUCUCAAAAAAAACAAAACAAAACAAAAAAAAAAAAACAACGGACAAACAUGAGGGUAUAUUAACCCUGGUAUUGUAUGCUUCCAGGAGUUUUAUAAAUAAACUCAUAAUAUACUAUA